AUGGAAGGUGAAACAGCCGCGAACGGAGGGAGGAAGCAAUUGCCGAAGGAUAAGCUGAGGCGACUCGCCGAGUGCGACGAAAGAGUUUCGACCGAGACUGUUAACGCUAUCGGGAACGUCAGGAGAGACGUCGAGGCGGCCGAUGUGCCGAGCAGCGACGAGUUUGACGAGGACCUCGAGGAGGAGUUCCGUAAUCUGAACGAUAUUCUCGAUCUACCGCACGACACUUACUCUCUUACCGAGAUUAAGCCGGAAUUACCUUCCUGUGCGAGAUACGGCCUGCGUUCCGGCGUGAUUCAUCUAAAUUUGCCGAGUUUCUCGCCGCUGUCCAGGGGUUAUCAGGGUGGUGCUAUAGCGAUCGCAGCUUUCGCCACGAGCGCGAUACAAAAGCCUCGCUACUGGGACGAAGCGACGAUCGAUCAGAUCGUCGAGGACGGGGAUACUUUUUACUGCGAGUCUUACGAGAACGUGAGCACCGGCGAUCGGCGAACAAUGACUAUCCACGACUUGAAGAGGGACCUGGUCGUGCGGAAAAACUUCAGCGUGAAGGUCGGGAUCGAGGAGCCGGCGUACGCCGGCAAGUUUCGCUCGCGCGACCCGACGGAGCUUCAUCUGGCGAAGGCGCUGGAGUUGUUUUUCGAACGGCACGACGCCGGGAUUUUAACGUCGCCGACGCUCAACGUAGCCAUUUGGAGGGACUCCAAGUGUUACAAUAUAUUCGACGCUCAAGGUAGACGAGAAAACGGCGAGCCGGCGAACGACAUAAUUAAAGGAUCGGCCAAACUAUUCCUCUUAAGGGACUUGAUGGGUGUGCUGUUUAUCAUCCUCGAAAAGAGCAACGUACAAAACGAACCUUUCGUUAUCUGCUCCAUAAGUAUUCGCGGAAUCGAGCCGGUUUCCUCGAUGGACGAAGGACUCGAGGCCAGGAGGACGCUCGGGAAGCCGCAGAGGAGGCCGAGCGGUUAUAAAAUUCGCCAAAAGCACCGAGCCGUCGUGAGAGGAUCUUAUCACCUGGAGCAUCUCGCCAUACCGAAAGCGCUACGUGGGAAGGGACACCUGACCGUAGCGCUGGCCGCGCUGAUAUAUUCCCGACUGAUCGACGCCAACAAGUGGACCACAGCUUUGCUCGACCUGAUCUUCAAUCAGUCCAACAUCUACUUGAUCGACCUGGCGAGGGUCCUCGAGAGGAAGCUCGACGACGCGUUCGACCUUCGGCUGGACGAUUUAAUGAGCGACGUCGUUCUCGGAGUUUACUCCGCCAAGGUGAAGAUAAACGCGAGAGUGGUACCCGAUCCUGCGCAGAAGGGCAAGCUCUCUCUCAACGACGGUGUACGAGAGUUCUUCGCGGGGCACGAAGUCGGAAUACUCGAGAUCAAGAAGAUCUUCUACGCGAUCUGGAAGGACGGCGAUGCGUACUACUUCUUCGAUCCGUUCGCGUGUGACCACGAGGGCUUCAGGGUCGAUCCCACCGGUGUGGAACGCGCGACAAUCGGGGUCGCCGCCUGCGUGACUAUGAACGGAGCCGUGGAACAGAUGUUGGAGACGGUGGUGGAGAACACCGGAAGUACGGAGAAGGAUCCUUUCAUAAUACACGAAGUUAAAGUGCUGUACGUUAAGACCGGCACGGCCGCAGGCGAAUCGUUGGCAAAGGUCAUUUACCGAGAGAAGGGCACGAAUCGUAGACCACGGUCACCGUUACGAUCGACGCCGCUGGACGGGGAAAAAUUAAUAGACGUGACCCCGCGCGCGCGACCUACGAGCAAGCCCACGCAAGCGUCUACUCAGUUCCCGGAGAUAAUGCGCGAUGUAGAACGAUAUAUGAUGGCGGAUGAUGAGCCAAUGACUUUUACAUUAGAUGAAGAGGCAGAGGUGGAAUCUCCGGUGAACUUCAUCAGAGGAUACAGAGUGGUGAAUGUUCAUCGUUUGAUCCUCCAUGGCACGAAAAAUUGCCUCAGCGAAGAAUUCAAUGUACGGUCGCGUGGUAGACAAGGACUGAUAGCCGCCCUGACGGCGUUGACGUACAGAAGACUGAAGGAGCCGACUCAAUGGCGAAAUAUAGACGUAGAUCAGAUUGUCAAGGUUAGCAACAAUGCCUACGAGCAGGUUAUAAUUUGGAUCGAGCGAGGUCGGCCGGAGAUAAAAGAAGCGAAAGCACCGGAAGAGGAAUUGGAAGAAGAGGAGGAGGAGGAGGAGGAGGAAGAGGAGGCCGAAGAGGAAGAGGAAGAAGAGGAGGACGAAGCAUUCGUUCGAAAAGUGGCGACCGCCCCGAGCCACUUGGAUAUUUCUCUCCUGCCGUCCAGAUUGAAACUAGCCGAGUACGACGCGUUAUUCAAGUUGAAGACGAACGUCGUCGACGGAGACGCGGAUCCCCUGGCUAAUCUAGCGGAAGCUCUCGAGCGUUACUUCGAACGAUACUCUGAAGUGGUUCUGGAGAACAAGAGGUUGAUGUAUGCCAUUUGGCAGGAGGACGGGAAAUUCUUCCUGUUUAAUCCUUACGGGAGCGAUACGGAGGGGUGGCGUCUGCGAGAUCAUCCGGCUUCUCUCGCCGUAGCGGACAGUCUCAACGAGCUGACCGACCUACUUCACGGCGUCAUGGAGUAUAACGAUCCAAGUUUCUCACUUCAUUUCGCGGCUCUGCAGGCGAUACAGCCGGAGAAGUACGCGUCGCCGGUGGAGAUCGUGAUUCCGGACGAACAGACGAUCGAGAAGUUCCGGACCAAGUUCCUGCCCGUCACCGACGAUGACCUGGCCAAGCUCGAAGAGAUGGAAGUAGCGGAAACGACAGCGGAGCUCGCGGAAGUUAAAGAAGAGGAAGCGGAGGAGGAGGAGGAAGAGGAAGAGGAGGAGGAAGAAGAAGAGGAAGAAGAAGAGGAGGAGGAGGAGGAGGAGGAAGAGCUGGUCGAAGAGCCGGAGAAACCUCUCGUUGAUCCUUUGCUGGAGGUGGAGGAACGUGUGCAACCCGACGCACCGGAUCGGUUGAACUUAGCUCUCUUGACCUCCAUAGUGAGAAUUCAGGAUGCAAUCGGGGAAGAAACGCCCGGCCCACACGAAGAGGUAAUGAUAGAGAAGAUGAAGUACGACCAUCCACCGCCGUACGUAAUGCCGCCAAAGAAGGCUCUUCACAUUCUGUUGGAAGCGAAACGGGCGAACAAGUCUAUCCCUUCUCUGGUGUCGAGAUUCUCCAUCGACUCCAGACUGGAAGUCAAGAAGAAAGAUGACUUCUCUCCGGGUCUCUUGGUGUCAGCCGCGAUUGUAUCGUUGCCGCAAGAGGUGAAACCCUCCAAAAUGAUCAGGUUAUCCUCCACGAAGUAUCUGUACUCGAGAUUGCCGCCGAUUCGUAUGAUGCCUCUUAGGGCCAUCGACGAGAGUUAUAUCCAGAGCGAAGAACUUGGUAAACAGAUUGACGUAGAGCAUCGGGUUCUAAAGAAGGCUUCGGAAAAAACGGGAUAUACAGUGUUAGCGGAAUUACCAGAGGCGAUGUCUUAUGCUGAAAAACCGGUGUCUGAGUUAAUACCAUGCGGUCCUACGAUCAGGACUCCUGUUCCACCGGCGAGGCACUCGACGUGUCCUGAUGAGCGGAAGCGAAAGAGCAGGUCGAGCACUGAAGGGGAAUCGCCUGUCGUCAAGAAGACCUUCGGUGACACGGAAAGGCUUCUGUUCAAGAUGAUAUUUCCCAACUUUGACCCCGCUUUACAAAUUUUGUGGGAUAUUCUAAGACGAAAGUUCAAGUACGAAAAUGGCGAGACUACAAUCAUUUUUAAGUUCGAACCGAUUAAAUCGACUCAUAUGGUUGACGGUUUCCUCGCUCAGGCACCGGAGGAGAAAGACGCCGAGCGGACGGAGGAAACGAAGGAUAAGAAGGGGAUAAUUCAAAUGAGAGAUGAGAACGAUAAGCGUUCUGCGCCUGAGGCUCUUGGAUUCCAAGCCUCGGACGAGGACGUGCUGAUAUUACGAGGCGAAUCGUGUCUGACGGAUCGCGCGGAGGAGUCCUCGCGUUUCAAGCCGUGCUACCUCUCCGCCGUAUUGUGCAUCCUGGCGAAGACCGCGCUGGACGUGGACUGCUUUCGCGGCAACACCUUGGAUCGGGUGAUCUCCUUGACCGACAGGAUCAGCCAACGCGUAGGACACCGGGAUCGCCGGUGGUUUCGCGACCUCAGCGUACUCGGCGUGAAUUUCAACGUUAUUCUGCGGGAAAGCGUCUACGCCGAUCCUGCGAGCUCCCCGUCCGACGACCUCGACACGACGGUCGAGAAGUUCCUGGAAAAGGAUCGCACCGGUAUACUCGUGCUGGAGGAUCGCUCCCACGCGUUUUGGCUGACGGACGACUCGCGGUAUUACCUCUUCGAUCCUUAUCCCUGCGACGAGAGGGGAAGGCCGAGCGAGAAAGGCGGUUGCUGCCUGAUGAGAUUCCGCGACUUGAGGUCCAUGCUCGGCAGGAUGAAGGAAGGCGAGGCCGCGAGGAAGCCGUUCGCUCUUCAUACCGUUUGCAUCGCUCGUGCGAAGAAACGUAAGCGGAAACUGGUGGGGAAAAGCACGAAGCAUCGCGUAGAGAAAGCGGAGGAGCCGGUUCGGGAGGAAGAGAAGCGGGACGCGACGAUACCGUCUGCUGCCUCGGAGUCAUCUCUGAUCGAGUUAGCCGAGUGGGUCGCAUCCGACACCGACUCCGAUCCCCGCGGCGACGACGUUACCGGUUUCGCGCCGGUGCGCCGUCGCGAGGCCUCGACGCUGGAGAAGGUCGUGUUGCGGGAUGACAUCACGACGCCCACGUUCGCUCCGUUCGAGAAAUCGUCGCGGAAACGUCCGGAGGACGCCGAUCGGGAAACGACGAGGAGGCGGAAAAGAACGAGCGGAAGGAUAUUUCGAAAUCACACAUCACUCGCCUGUCCCAUCGACCUCUGCGUGAUGGCGUGGUCUUUGAUUCACGAGCCCGCGUCGUGGUCGGCACGGACCGUCGACGCUCUGCUCGAGGCCAGCGCCGAUUACGCCUUCGACAGCGUGCUGGCGAGCGAAGACACCACCGUGAAGAACAUGACCGACGCUUUACUGCCGGAGUUCGAAAUAGGGAAUUACGCGUUCCGAGCGGUGUGGGCGCCGCUCCACUACGGGACCUUGUACGCGACGGAGGGCUGGAACCUGGCGAUGACCUUGGAGAAGAUAUUCGAGACGGGGAUCUACACGGGCGCGAUAAUCGUCUGCCGCUACGCUCACGUGGCUGUCACGAGAAGGGGCAGGAAUUAUUUCGCCUGGUGGACCGUCGCCGGCACGAAGAGUCUCAGGAUAAUUACGUCCAGCGACAGAGGCGAGUUCCUUAAGUUGAUCGUUAAGGAGAUCGGCGAGCCGCGGGAGAUAAAAUUCGCCGUGAGGGCGGUCACUAUAUCUCACGCCCGUAAAAUGGGCUUGGACUGCAGUGACGUCAAUGGUCUCCACGAGCCGAUAGUCCCGAUGACGUCUUUAGCGGAGAUUCACCCGAGAGAGCCGGUUUCUCGCGACAUCGAGGCGCUAUUCAAGCCGAUCGACUCAAUGGCAAAACCGUUCUUUGUGUCCGGCACGGUGUCGCUGGGCGAUCGAAACACCCUGGCGGAGCCGCGGACGAAGCGUUGCUACUUCGUCGCGCUGCUAGCCGUUGUCGUAAAGAGGGACAUCAUUCAGUCCCCCGUUCCCGGCAUGAUCGAUCGGGUCCUCGAAGUCGCGGAGAGCUUGUACAGAGGAUUCUCCGAGCCGAAAUUUCACACGGAGCACGUAUUGAGAAAUGUACCGCUGAUGAACAGAUUCUUCGAUCUUCGUGACCGCGCCUCGUCCUUAGUCGCGCUCACGACGAAUCCUCGGAACGGUAAAAGCGACUUUUACGUACAAGUGAAGAAACACUUGAAGCGUUAUCUCAAGACACACACGAGCGGUAUACUGCACUUCACCAAUUGCUGCUACGGUUUCUGGCUCUCAAGAUCGACCGGUCUCUAUUAUUACUUAGAUCCUUAUCGAUGCGACGUUCAAGGCAGGAAAAACUCUGCAACCGGCGUCGCCUGCCUCUCUAUCUUCUCCUCCUUGUGUCAGAUGGUGAGGCAGAUGUGUCUCAACCGGUACGAAGGCACCACCGGAUUCUUCAUCCACAGAGUCCACGUGGACUCCAUCGACAGUCCGCCGUGCGAGAAGUUCCAGGAGGAUCCAAUGUGGCUGUACCUGGACUAUCAUUGGAAAUUCGCGCACUCGGCUCAGCCGAGAUCGAAGAUCAAAGAGAAGACGAAAGUUAAGUCCGAUCAGUCGGAGGGCGAACGACGCUUCUGGAACCGAUACGCGGUCGAAGUGACCGAUCUGAUUUACUCCGUCUGGGGUACGAUCGGUGCGUACGAUCGCAGGUUCGGCGAGCGAGCCGGGAGGAAUCGAGCCGGCAUAUGCGUCGCCAUUUUGGCCAUGCAGCACCUCUGUCACCCGUCCCGGUGGAGCCCCGCCGUCCUGGACUCUGCCGUGAUCUGCGGGGAUUCCUAUUACACCGAGAGCUUGAGGAAUGCAACGCGCGAGGGGUGGCCCGCGAACCGAUUCCGACUGCGCACCACCCUGAGAAUGUUCCCGCACUCGUGGACCAUGGAUUUCGGCACGGACGUGUGCGGGGUCCUCUACGGCGGUCGAGACAGAUUGACGCUGUCGGCGGCGCUCAGGUUGGCCUUCGAGGAUGCUCGCAACGUGCUCGUCGAGUGCAACGGGAUCACUUUGGCUGCCAUGGCCGCCGAGGACGCUUACUACGUCGCCGAUCCUUGCUGGCUCGGCCCGCCGUUAUUCCCGUACGGCCGCGGCGCGAUCUACGUUCUGCGUUGCCGGAACGCGAACACGUUAAUAUAUGCGAUCACGAAGAUGCUCAACAGCAAUCUGAGGCUCGACGUGCGCGUCACGCCGCUGACCUUGUCCUUUGACCGGGAGGACUUCCACGCGGAUCCCGAAUUCUGUGCCGCCAGGCAGAUCCUGCCGAGAAGCGCGCGCAAAACUCCGGGCAAGGUGCGCGACGUGCUGCCCGUUCCCGGAGCAAUCGUCGUGCCUGAGGAGAGUUUUUAUCAGCAGUACCAACGCCGUCUCCGUACCGGAGGUAUCACUGUGGAUGAUCCUCGACAGCACCCUGCGUUACCUACCUUGCGUCCUGAAAACGCGAACAACGCGAUCGUCAGCACCGAGUGGCACCUGAAUCUCGGCCAGGCGCGUCCUUCGAGGAGGAAGCGCUCCUCCUCUCCGGUGACCGACUCGUUCGAGGCGCGUCGGCCGCGCGUCUCCAUCGCGGAUAUGAUGGCCGUUUGCGACGAGUAUCCGAAAGCGAUAGACUUCGCCAGCCCCGGCGCCCCGACAGUCGGGAUCACGUCGCUCGAGUGCGCAGAGAGGCGCAGCUUCGUCAGGGAAGAAAGCCGCGCGAAGUUCAACGAGCGCGUCGCGGAAAUGUCGUUGGAUCUCUACCGGAGUUAUCGGCAUCGUUUGCCGGGGCGAAAGGAAGUCGACGCAGUCAAGGACGCGGAUUUCGGAAUAGACGGAAAGGUGAGAUCGGACGACAGGGCCGCUGAUGUUACGGGAGGAGGCGAAGAGGAUGAGCUUAGAAUGGAGACGGAAAGCGAAAUUACAGACCGAGACGCGCAAUAA